AUGGCCACAGAUGUCUUUAAUUCCAAAAACCUGGCCAUCCAGGCACAGAAGAAGAUCUUGGGUAAAAUGGUGUCCAAAUCGAUCGCCACCACCUUAAUCGACGACACAAGCAGUGAAGUGCUGGAUGAGCUGUACAGAGUGACCAAGGAAUAUACCCAGAACAAGAAGGAGGCUGAGAAAAUCAUCAAAAACCUCAUCAAAACCGUCAUUAAGCUGGCCAUCCUCUACAGGAACAACCAGUUUAAUCAAGACGAGCUGGCCCUGAUGGAGAAAUUUAAGAAGAAAGUUCAUCAGCUUGCCAUGAUGGCGGUCAGCUUCCAGCAAGUGGAUUACACCUCUGACCGCAACGUGCUGUCCCGGCUGCUCAAUGAGUGCCGAGAGCUGCUCCACCUCACUGCCAAGUCGCAUGGACGGGUUAAUGUCUUCGAUCAUUUUUCAGAUUGUGACUUUUUAGCCGCCUUGUACAACCCCUUUGGAAAUUUCAAGCCCCACUUACAAAAACUUUGUGAUGGGAUCAACAAAAUGUUGGAUGAGGAGAACAUCUGAGAUUG